AUGCUACAAAACUAUGAUUGCUUGUCAGUGUUCUUCAUGUUUCAGAUUUGUUUCCACGUCGGUGGCAAUAAGAAUAAUCAAGGUCUCACAUUUCUUGCAAUCGGAGAUUUCGGCGGAAUUUCAAGGCCACCUUACACUACACAUAUGCAAAGGAAGGUAGCAGAAGUUAUGGGUCAGUAUGCCGAUUCAGGAAAGGCACAAUUUGUUAUUGGGUUAGGUGAUAACUUUUAUGGCAAUGGCGUCAAGACCGUGGACGAUCCAAGAUUUACUACCACCUUUGAGCACGUGUACACGAACCCCACCCUUGUUUCAGCAAAUAACAUAUAUAUACCCACGUGGUACAUGAUCGCUGGAAACCAUGACCACGACUCGAACGUGUCUGCACAGAUAGCUUACACCAAGGUUUCCCGUCGCUGGCAUUAUCCAGAUUUCUUUUACAGUCAAGUGUUACAGAUUCCUGACACACUUAAGACUGUUCAACUUGUUAUGAUAGAUACAACUCUACUCUGCUGCAGAAAUCGAUGGAUGGAUAAAAUGAAGUUACCGAGUCAGAAACAACAGCUGAAGUGGCUAAAUAACAUACUCAGAAGUUCAACAGCGGAUUAUCUCAUAGUAGCUGGUCACCAUCCAGUUUUAUCAGCUGGCAUCCAUGGCAACACUAGGUAUCUUGUAUCUAAGCUCAAACCAAUGCUGGAGGAGAAUGACGUCACGGUUUAUCUCAGCGGACACGAUCACAAUCUACAACACCUCAAAGAGCCAGACACGACGGUGCACUACUUCGUCUCAGGAAAUGGUAAUUUUUACAGUGGGAGGAAAGGAUACGACAAAGCCGUGCAGAAAUCACUCCUGUUUUUCAGUGGCGUUUCUGGAGGAUUUACGUUGCUCCACGCCACUCCUGAAUCACUUCAAAUCUCACAAAUUGACAGCAGUGGGAGGAAGCUGAACACCACGAAGUUAAAAUCAAGGACCAAAACCGUGAAAGGGGUUAAAAAUAUCGACUUCUAUCCCAAAUGUGCUCCGUAUUUAGCAAUUUUGAUGGUUAUUGUUGGUACUUUUGGUGCAAGAAGUCUUAUAAGUGCAAUUAUGCCGUUGAAAACUAGAAGCCGAAGGUGCUGGAACAGGACUGACAGCUUGAGAGGAAAAUGUUUAAGGCUCUGCGAUAAGAAGAGACCAUAUUUGAAGGAAAUAGUUAUUUAGUUCUUUUUAUAAGUAUGGAAAAAAUUAGAUAUGAGCGUCUAAUUUCUCCUUACAGUAUCGUUACUGAAUCGAAAAUUAAGGCCAUGAGAAUAAAAGAAGGUAUCGCUGCAUAAAGAAUCUCUUGGAAAAUACCAGCUUGAAAAAUUUAGGCUGAAAGUUUUUAAUCAUCCACCCAAAAUGACAGGACAUCACUUCGAAUUCACCAUUUCCCAUACUCUUCCCUUUUCAACUCCUUUGGUAUUAGUGACAAGGGGAACCCGUUUAGCAAUCAGAGCUUCUUAGGUUGAUGAUCAUUUCCUUUUAUUCUCAUGAUCUUAAUGAAUGAUUCAGCAGUAUUACUGUAAGGAGAAACUGGAAGUUAGUCACUUUUAACGUUUGAAGGGUUAAGAAAAUGAACUGGCUUGUUUUAAAGUGACCAUGCUUUGAGGAGCUGUGAAUUCGAGAAGAAUGGCGAGUUUCUUUAAGUUCCAGGAAAGCUAACUUUAACUUUCACGCUCAGCUAUGUGCAGAUAAGUGAUAUGUCUGCAUUUUGUGCUCAUAUUGCUGGUGAUUUAGCGCGCAUAAGGAAUGUUUUUACACACGAAAAUGCAGGGAAGCGAAAGACCCGCGGCUUAGGUCCUUCAGCUCAAGAAAGAAGAAUACAUUCGGUAUUGUUGUGAUCAUGUGAAAUUAUUUUUUACGCGGACUAUCUUUUAAUUUUCGA